AUGAAGACGAUUCCCCUCUUGACGGCUCUCCUGAGUCUCAAGGCACUUGGAGUUUAUGCUCUCAACUGCAACACUGCCGAUCCUCUCAAGGCAGAUGGUCCCUCAGGGGUGGAUAUCGCUAGUAGUCUUCAGCUCGGAGGGAACGGAACCAUUGACGACAUUUGCAAUAAUAGGUUCAAGGACAUCGGGGCCGGACCUAUCAUCUACAAUGCUGGGCCAAUAGUCUUUUCACUCUCCCAGACCGAAGGAGUGCUACAUCCCAAGGGGGAUUGCAAGUCUGCCCUGACUAGCAUUAUCUCUCAGUGCAUCGUCACCCAGAAUGUCUGGGGAGGUUCUGUGGAAACAGAGGGGUUGUUGUUUGAAAUUAUGGAGGGGGGGGACGACGAUGAGGAUGCCGAUGAGGAUUACGAUGAGGAUGACGAUGAGGAUGACGAUGAGCAUGGAAUUCAAGCCCGUGCUAAUAAGAAGAAAGGGGGGGCAAAACCAGCAAAGGGUACUAAAGCGAAAGACAAAAAGGUCAAGUCUAAGAAGGUCAAGACCAAGAAGACUAAGACGAAGGCGACCAAGACCAAAAAAUCCACAUCAACCAAGGUCAGCACCAGCAACUGCCAGGAGGCAACCGGCAAGGCAAAAGGGAAAGGGAAAGGGAAAGGGAAAGGGAAAAAGGGUGAUAAGGGGAAGCGAGCCGAGCCAGAGGGAGACUCAUGUUCAGCUCCAGAAUUGGACUGCUCGAAAGCUUUCGCCGUUGCCGCUAAACAGCUACAGGAACUCCAGCCUCUUGAAGCUAGAGAUCUUUUUACGUCGCCGAUCGAUGGACGAGACUUUUACGUUGGUAGCAUGUCCGGCAUGGCGCACUAUAGCAAUAUUCAAAAGCGAGGGCCGAAGAAAGGCAAGUUAUUCAGUAUAAGUUGGAAUGCAGGCUCCUCUCCAGACGUUAGUAACAAAAGAACUGAUACUUUGGCAUACUACGGCUGGGAUUUUCCUAGAUCUUGUGACGACUAUACUUGGAAAGGACCGUUCACUAAGGCCGAAGCCAAAAAAAUAAGAACUAAGGGAUCACCAGAGUCCAAAAAAGCAAAGUACGAGAUCGAGCACAUCAUGGAAUGGCAAAUUGUCACCGGGUUUUUCGACUGGAUCGCUACAACUAAGGCUAAAGGCAAUAAGUUUCCUAACCCUGACGGCAGCGACAAAAAAGUAGAUUUCGCCACUUACUUCAAAGCAACAUGGGUUAUGGAUGGAGAAAAUAAAGAUCCAGGACAGACAUUCGAAUUGGUAGCCUCAGACGGCACACCAGAGGGGCAGCCUUUAACGCCUCGAGAACAUCUAGCUUCUGUCUAUCCCUCAGUAAAUGAACAUAUCGAUGAAUUCGUAUAUCUGGAAGCAGAAAUUAAUGCUCCCGCCAAAGCUCAAACGUUCUCAUCGGCAAACAAAGACACUGUAUUUUCCAAAGAUACAACGACGAAGAACAUCGAGAGCCAACCGGCGAAGGUGGACAAAAAAAGUGGGAAGAAGAAGGGGAAGGAUGGAACACCCGAGACACAAAUAAUUCUGCUAAAAUCGCUUAUUGGUGUUCGGAAGUACAUGAGAACCCCAGCGAUCAACGAAACCUUCAACGCCCAGCAGAAACGCAUGGGGGAGAUGUUGGGAAAACUGGACUCUCAGCUUGGAAAGCACCCCAAAAAGGCCAUUGCAGCAACGGACGAUGAGGAAUCAGAAUCAGAAUCAGAAUCAGAAUCGGAAGCUGAUAAAACCGAUUUUGCCUGGCAGGAGAUGGGACUUAAAGCAUUGUGGGGUGAAUGGAUGGACUUGAGAUUUGAAACAGGUGUGAAAAGAAUGAAUUUUGAGAUGAACGACGGCAUCAAGAGACUUGAGAAAAUACCCAAAGCCGACAAGAAGUUGAAAGAGUCUAUCGCCAAGCUCAAGAAGGAAUGGGAUACUGAGAAGAAGAGCGCUUGGGACAUGCCAUGGCCAAAGCACCCCAAGGCAGAGGUGAAGAUACCAAAAAAGGACAAAACAACAGAUGAUGAAAAAACAGAGGACGAAAGCGAGUAA